AUGAACCUGAUUUUCCACGAUGUGCUGGGGGGCAUUCUCGAAGUAUAUAUUGAUGACGUGGUGGUCAAGUCUAAGAAGAAAGAAGAUCACAUCAAGAAUUUGAGAACAGUGUUCACUAGGAUGAGAAAGUACAAGCUCCGGAUGAACCCAGUUAAAUGCAUUUUUGGGGUUCGAGCAGGAGACUUCUUGGGUUUCAUCGUGUAUGAACGAGGUAUUGAGGUCGCGGAGGAUAAGGCAAAAGCGGUUCUAGACACGCCGACACCAAGGAACAAGAAGGAACUUCAGAGACUCUUAGCACAAGAUGGUGAUGGAGAGGGGAGCAAGAAGAUUGAGCAUGCGGUUUAUUACCUGAGCCGAACCUUAUUAGACGCCGAAACUAGAUACUCGCCAAUUGAGAGGUUGUGCUUAGCUUUGUACUUUACUGGUACUAAGCUCCGCCAUUACAUGUUGUCCUUCACUACGGUGGUGGUGGCACAAACAGAUUUAGUGAAGUAUAUGCUUACUAGACCUAUGCUUAGGGGUCAGAUUGGCAAGUGGAUCUUGGCGUUAUCAGAGUUUUCUUUACAGUAUACACUUUUAAAGGCGCUCACAGGACAGGCAAUGUCCGACUUUUUGUUGCACCAUCCUAUUAUGGAAGACGUUGAAGACCAGAACGUGGUAGUCUCCUUUGUUCACACUCAGCCUUGGGUUAGGUAUUUUGAUGGUUGCAUCACUGAUCAUUUGUCAGGAGCGGGUGUUGCAUUGGUUAAUCCUUCCGGAGUGAGACAUUGUUACUCUUUUCAGCUCGAAUGGAAGUGCACUAACAAUCAGGCAGAAUAUGAGGCCAUCAUCAUUGGCCUGGAGCUGUUGCUUGAUCUGGAGGUCACCGAGGUAGAGAUAUUAGGUGAUUCACUCCUAGUUAUUAAUCAGCUCAAGGGUGUCUAUAAGUGCAACAAUUUUACAUUACUUCCUUUUUGGGAGCGAGCAUCGGAAUUGUUAGAGCAAUUUAUAGACGUGGUGCUUGACUAUAUUCCUCGAGAACGAAAUUUCGCUGCCAAUGAAUUAGCACAGCUGGCUACGGGCAUUCGUUUGGCAGAUGGCGUUCGCGAGAGGAUUUUGAAGGUUCAGAGACGCACAUUACCUUCCUUUCUGGCAACAAAAGAGGUUAACGAUGAAUGGUUGGUAGCGGUUAUUGACCCCAUUGAUGUAGAUUGGCGGCAACCAAUUAUCCAGUACCUCACUGAUCCUUCUGCACCGGUGGACAAGAGGGUUAGAUAUUUUGCUACUAACUAUGUCCUUCGAGGCGGUGAGCUAUUGCGCAGGACAGAAGAUGGCUUAUACCUACGAUGCAUCUAUGGAGCUGAGGCUAAGAGGUGCUUACGAGAGGUUCAUUGUGGCAAUUGUGGUUCUCACCAAGAUGGUCUAAAGAUGCGGUGGCUCAUUCGUCGCUAUGGUUUCUAUUGGCCUACCAUGCUCAAGGACUGCAUCUGCUUCGCGCAGGGUUGCAUUGAAUGUCAAAUGCAUGGACCAGUCCAGCAUGUGCCUGACGUUCCCCUGCAACCAAUAAUUAAACCUUGGCCAGGUCGCGGAUGGGCUUUAGACUUUAUUGGGGAGAUUUAUCCCAAUUCUUCUUUACAACACAAGCACAUUCUACUGGCUACAGACUUCUUCACUAAAAUGUUUGGUGGCAGACAGGGGGGGGCAGGUUUCAUGGCUGAAAGGACUCAGAAAUUCUUAGCUGGCUAUGGGAUCAAGUUUCUGCAUUCCAGUCCUUAUUAUGCUCAAGCAAAUGGCCAGGCCGAAGCUAGUAACCACGUCAUUAUGUCUAUACUCAAACGAAUGUUGGAUGCAAAUCCGCGAUCUUGGCAUACAGAGUUGGAUCACACAUUAUGGGCUUAUAGAACUUCCAAACGUACUCCAACUGGUACUACACCUUAUGCGUUGAUGUAUGGACAUGAUGCGGUACUUCCUAUAGAAAUUAAUGUUCAGUCGUUAAGGGUUCGCGAGCAGCACCAGUUGAUUGGUGGGGAUUAUGUUCAAGCUAUGUUUGAAGAGCAUGAGGACUUCGACUUUCGCCGGAUGGAAGCUCUCGACAGCCUCAUUGCCGAAAAGAAAAGGAUAGCACGACUUUAUGACAAACGCACGAGAGGACGCAACUUUGGAGUUCGGGACUUAGUUUGGAAAGCUUGUCUGCCUUAUGGUGAGCGAGUUGAUGGUCGUGGUAAAUGGUCUGCUAAAUGGGAAGGUCCUUUUGUGAUUGAUAGAGUAAUGGGCAAAGGCGCCUACUACCUUCGCGAUACUGAUGAGAAUGUUCACAGAAAUCCCAUAAACGGUCGCCAUCUUAAGAAGUACUUUCCUAGUGUUUGGGAGUAUGAAGAUCCACCGCCAGCGGUGCAAGCACAAUAG